AAAUGUACAAUCAAGCCUGAGAAACAAACAUGAUGACUGUAGCAGAAAACCACACAAGGGCAGUAUAAAGCUGCUUUUAAAUGAUUUCUUUCUCUUCCCUCCUCCCCUCCCCAUAGUGGGGGUGUGUGUAUUGAUGGAUCAGGAUGUCAACCAAUAAUAACAUCGCCCAGGCCAGGAAACUGGUGGAACAACUGAGGAUCGAGGCAGGGAUCGAACGUAUUAAGGUUUCUAAGGCAGCAGCAGACCUGAUGAGUUACUGUGAGCAGCACGCCCGUAACGAUCCGCUCCUCGUUGGCAUCCCAACGUCAGAAAACCCUUUCAAAGACAAGAAACCCUGCAUCAUCCUAUAGCUGCACACUCGUCUCUGCCCAUCAGACACACACACACCUGCCUGUACACACACUCCCACCGACUGACUCUGCAGCAGCCAACAAGGCCCAGCUCUGUCAGGCUAUACAACACACACACACACACACACACACACACACACACACACACACACACACACACACACACACACACACACACAUAUAUAUAUAUAUAAACGUAAACACAGAAAUGAAAUAGCCACUCUGGAGAAGCGCGAAGCGCCAUACUCAAUAGCCACAGCUAGGGGGCGGUGUCUGUGUUUACAGACCACAUUGCCACAUUAGUGAUAUUAGCCCUGAGUUGUGUCUCUGUGGUGCUGAGGGUAAGCCUGCACUAACAUGCAGCCCUACCUGAUACUGGUUACUGACUCACCCACAGAGAUAGUGACACUCAAGUGGAGAUGGCAGAUUUACUUCAAAAAGGGAUUAGGACAAUUAUCUUAAUAGGAAUCCACAGUCGCCUACAUGAAGUUAUAGGCUGAUGUAUAGCAUGUAUUUUAGUGAAUCAAUGAUUUAUUGAUUCAUUGAUUAAUCGAUUGACUGAUAGCAUGUAUCUCUGGGUGCUGUGGAAUGAUGGGUGUAAGGUACAUGAGGGUAAGGAGUGAGGUGGAGGGUGUAUGUGUGACCAAUCUGGUGUAAAACCUGGGUCGUCCAUGUGAUGCAAGAUGUGUUAGCCCUGUCAGCUAAAGCCUAGCCAUUAGCCGUGGAAGCUAAUACAAGUCUUCAGGUCCCAGGCAUGGUUACCCAUCACUAAAGCACCGUGGCUAUACGCGGUGUGUUUGUUAGCCAUAUAGUGGCUGACUUGCCACUGACUUGCUAAGUAUCACAAUGGGGAUGGCCCCGUCCUGAAACCUUGGGUCAACGGUAAUGUCAGUGUUUCCACAAGACAUUGUGUUUUUGUGAACAUAGCAUUGUAAACACUGAGCAGGUUGGUACAUGCUGCAUAUGUACCCACUGGGUUUAAACCCGGAUCAUCUGCAAUGCCACAAGACUGUGUUAGCCCACUGAGCUAAAGUAUAGGCUACAUACUCCCCCACUCUAGCGACGGUUAUCGAUCAAAAGUGUUUCUGCUUUGAUUUUGAUUUCUUGGUCAGUGGGUUUUCUAUAGGCCAAAACUCCAGCUGUGUCGUCUUGUGGAGUAAGUUGCUCAUAGACACUGAUCUAAGAUCAGUCUUGUGUUUUCCCUCUAAUGGUAAAGGUUAGGAUUUAGGGAGGGUCAUCUGAUACUAGAUCUGUGUCUAAAAGGCUGCCACAGGCAGCCUAAUUCAGAUCUUUGUCCACUAAUUGGUAUUUUGACCAAUCAGAUCAGCUCUUUUUCCAAUAAUUGGGCAAAAGAUCCGAAUUGUGCUGCCUGUGUAAACGAAGCCUAAUGAAACUUUUAUCUUGAGUAUUGCCAAGUACUGAGAGGUUAACUGUGUUCAAGUUUUUAACACCAGAAGUAUAUAUAUAUGUUUUUUUAUUAAUUAUUGUUUCGAUAUUUUGUCCAUUUAUUGCCAUACACUUAGCAGAUACUGUAGGUUUCCAUUCACUUCUUAACUUUACACUUGAGGCAAAAGUUUACCUUAACCACAGAUCUAGGAUCAGAUUAUCAUCCCCAAUCUUAACUUGAACCAUAAGGGGGUGUACAAAUAUCUUAUCCUAUAUCAGUGGUUAUAGAAUUCACUAGUUCUGCCAAUGAGAGCAAGCAUCACAUUAUGGGCUUUGCUUAUUGGCUCAUCAUGUGUUUUAUUGAGGAACAAGAGCCAAUUACAAAGUGUUGUCCCGUCUCCCCACCUCCACAGACCCAUUUCUCUACUCCCAAACCAAACUUGAUUGUAAAAAAUUUAAAAGAUGCUAGAGAAAAUAAAAAUAAAAGUGUAUAAACUUUCUUUAAGUGCAGAAGUGAUACGUUUUGAGAGUAGCUUUUUGGGGUUUGGUUUGAGUUUCUUUCUAAAUGGAAGCAGGUCAGUCGAGUAUUAUUAUCGAACUGUACAGUGUUUGUAAGAUAAAACUUAGGCCAGAAAUCAAUCAAAGUGCAUCAAACUUUUUCCAUAAAAAAAGCGCUUUAAUUGAAUGUCAGCCUGUUGCAGAAUCUUUUCUGUGGACGUUCCAUUUUUGCGUAAAUGUUUCCCUUCUGUCAGAAUUUAGUCUGUUUGUUUCCUCAUUCAGCUUGGGACAGGUUCACACACACAUACACACACACUCACACGCUCACACACACGCACACUCACACACGCACACGCUCACACACACACGCCCACUCACACGCUCACACACACACACACACACACACACACACACACACACACACACACACACACACACACACACACACACACACACACACACACACACACACAAUCCCCUAGUGACUAAAUGGGGAGCCAACCACAUCUACAAAGCAUGGCCGUAUUCGUAGCAUAGCGUCUUAUACACAGGCACAGCUCUGUGAGAAACAAACCUGAACCAUUAAAACACUGUCUCUCUCUCUCUCUCACACACACACACACACACACACACACACACACACACACACACACACACACACACACACACACACACACACACACACAUUUUCCUAAUGUCUUUUACAAUUGAUUAUCUGAGGGACAAUCUUGCUAUUUCUUAAUUCAUUCAUUCCAUGGACAGUUAUGCUUGAUUGAUUGAUUGGUUGAUUGAUGGUUUGCCUUGUUGUGGUGUAUUGUGUUGUAUGCUGGUUAGGACCAGGAGUUUUACCUGGUCAAGUCACAUGGUCAGGAACAACAUUCUAGCCCUAGACUUAAGAAUAGUUGAGAGUAUUUGAGUGAACAGUCUUAAAAGAGGACACAAAGCUCUAGAAUGGAAGUCUUGUGGUGCUCCCAUUCCCACAUCAUUCACUAUAGCUGAUCUAGGUCCGUUUCAAGUUUUCUCCCCCUAAAGAUUGUCAGGAUUUGGGGAAUGGAAUCUGAUCCUAGAUCUUACCCAGAGCAGAACGCUAGAACCCUAAAACUAAUUUCUGUCCCUAGACACUGGUCUCGGGUCAGUUUUACCUGGACUCAUCAUUGUGUUUUAAUCUCCUGUGUAUGCAUAUACAGUAUGUAUCUCUGGUAACACUUUGUUUUACAGUCUCCUUUAAGUUAACUUGGUAUUUGCUUAUGAAUAACAUGGUAAAAACAUGUGUUUCGUUGCAAGCGAGGACUAUUUGGUCCCAGGUUGAAAGUCCCCAUUGUUACCACAAUGUGUUCCUUCCGGCUGGGACAGGACUGUAAAGUCAAGCAUUACCGUAUCUUUUUGCCUUGAUUAAUUGUGAAUGAUCAGUUAUAGAUUAUGAAGGAAAUGUAAUAUCUAUUUUUUGUAUCUGGUCGCUCUGAUGUGCCAUAACUCAUGUUUUCUUGCACACUGUUCAUAUUUUACAGUUAAAUACUUUACUGUUCAUAUUUUACAGUUAAAUAAUUUACUGUUCAUAUUUUACAGUUAAAUACUUUACUGUUAAGACUUUACUGUUCAUAUUUUACAGUUAAAUACUUUACUGUUAAGACUUUACUGUUCAUAUUUUACAGUUAAAUACUUUACUGUUCAGACUUUACUGUUCAUAUUUUACAGUUAAAUACUUUACUGUUAAGACUUUACUGUUCAUAUUUUACAGUUAAAUACUUUCCUGUUUAGACUUUACUGUUCAUAUUUUACAGUUAAAUACUUUACUGUUAAGACUUUACAGUUAAAUACUUUACUGUUAAGACUUUACUGUUCAUAUUUUACAGUUAAAUACUUUACUGUUCAUAUUUUACAGUUAAAUACUUUACUGUUCAUAUUUUACAGUUAAAUACUUUACUGUUCAUAUUUUACAGUUAAAUACUUUACUGUUCAUAUUUUACAGUUAAAUACUUUACUGUUAAGACUUUACUGUUCAUAUUUUUGUGGAUAUUGCUGUUAAAAAAAGAUGAUGUUGAAAAGUAGACAACAGUAAUAAAAAAUAUGAUAAUAA